CUUUUAUUCCUUGUUAGAGGUAAGUGAAAAGGUUUUUGUCACGCGUCACACCAUCUUGUUAGGUAAAUUUGGCCCAGAACAACUCCUCGUACGAGGAGGACUGGACCAAUUCUAGAAAAAAUUUCAAAAUGGCGGACGAAGACGAGGAAGAUUAUAUGUCGGACAAAUUUUUGCUAAGCACGACUGAUAACAAUCCAGGUUUAGUUCCAGACAAAGUAGCAAAGAAGUAUAGGAGAGAGAUGAAGCAUAAGGAGUUGAAUCAGCGAAACAAAAUGAAACCGAUGAGAGAAAGGGAGAUGGAACAUCGUGAACAGGGUCUAGCAAAUGCUUUAGACAGCAGUAAUAAAGGAUUCGCUAUGCUACAGAAAAUGGGAUUCAAAAAAGGAAUGGGCUUGGGAAAAGAAGGGACUGGAAGAGCCGAACCUAUACCAUUGACUGUUAAAGCAGAUCGUGGAGGCCUUGGGCGUGAUAUGCUCUUAAAAAGACAGAGAGAGGUGAAAGAGGCAUUAAAACAUGAAACUGCAAAGAAAAGAGUGAAGAUUGAGGAGAAGCAGAGAGACAACUUCAGAAAACACAUGAGUGGCAGGUUUGCCGAGAGGCAAACAUCAAGUGAUUUAUAUAAGAGCCAAAAAGCAUGUGAACAGCUGGACAAAUCAAAGGACUUACCUUGUGUCGAGAAGUGGUUUUGGCCACAGGAGGAAACAAAGGAAGAUGAUGAGAAUAAGGAAGAAGAUGAAGAAGAAAAUGAUGAGGAAGAGGAGGAAGAGUUGGAGCCAUCAGAGAAGCUCAUGCACCUAACGAUGUACUUGAGAAGAACUCAUCAAUACUGUAUUUGGUGUGGGACCAAGUUUUUAGAUGAUCAGGACAUGGCCGACAACUGUCCGGGAGAUUCAGCACAAGAUCAUGAAUAACAAUCAUGAAGGAAGAAGAGAAAAAACCAGGUUAUUUUAUAGAGUCCAUCAAAUUUGUGUUAAGAUUUUCAUCACGAUGACUUUCGAACGAAUACCGGUAGUAAUGAAUGUUACGACCAUACUCGUCAGAGAAAAUACCGAUUGUCGUUGUUCACGCCCGAAUGGGUAUUCACGACCGAAGUCGAUCUUAACUGAUCACUGGCGAUCAGAACUUGAUGGCAGGUUGCGAUUAUAAUUGAGAGAGGCGAUUGUUCACGAAAGUAAUCGCAUGGCUAGCGACAGCUAGACUACGGGGACAAGUGAUGGAGAAUAUAAGGCUGACAGGGUUCUCAUUGACGAUGGACAAACUGAAGAUGACUUUUUUCCUUAAAUGUCAGCUUAACUUUUCUCGGAAACUUAGGGAUGGUGAAUGAAAGUUAAAAAUCUCUCUCGAAAUCUUGCUACCUUUAGCAACGAGUCUCCAAGUCUCGUUAAUGGUGCAUUUAGUUAUAUAUUCAUCUAAAAUGAUGUCUGGUAUAUUUUUUCAAAAUCUAAAAGUCUCGGAUUUGUUCAUACAGCCGACGAGCUUGGUCAAAAGUUCGUUAGGAUGGUCGAGAUUUAUCUUUAUUAGCGACAAAAUCCUAUGAGCGCGUUGGGCGCUCUAUAAAGAGAGGCGAAUGCUUAUAUGCUUUUCUGCCGAGGAGAACAUGCGCAUCACACACCAAGAGGAAGGAUACACCGCAUUACAACUCAAUUAAGAAGAGGAAUUCAGCUAUUUCCCUUUCGUAGACAUUUUAAGCACCCUGUUGAACUAACCGAGGUAACAGUUAAGUGAAUUAAACUAUUAAAGUUGAAAAUAAAGUAGUACUUUCUCCGGAUGAACUGGAAAAUGAACAUGACAAAAUGUCAGGGAAGCUUCUCAUGUCCCAAAUGCUGUCAUGAUGUAUAGGCAUGACUAAUUACAAGAAUUGCAAGAGUACAUGGCGAGCGCCUCUCCGGAAAAAAGGAAAAAACAAUUCAAGCACAGAAAUGUUCGUUUGCGUAAGUUAAGUAUGAAUAAUUGUGUAACAAAUAUCCUCACUUUUACUGAACUCUUUGCUUUUGUUGAAAUAGGACGCAUCUAAUUUUAUCCUGAAUAUUUUUUAAUGCACUUUGCAGGAGGGGACUGAGUUAAAUUAAAUGCACUCAACACCUCCUUUCUGAUCCUCUGAUAGGGGAGGAAAUUUUCUCACUUUAACACUUGAGAGCUAAGCCAAAGUACAACAUUAUAACGAGGAAGGAAGUGGUGACAGGUUUUCAAAACCUUAUCCGGGUCACAUGCAAGCGUUCCGCUGAGAUCGUGGGAAUGAAAUCAAAACGGCACAUUGCUCACACAGGGAGUUUCAUCAGUAGGAGUCUCAUCAAUGUUUACACAAUAAUUAAUCCCUGUCACAUUAUUAUUCGAUGUUCGACCGUGGUCUGGUUUGAAAAUUGUAUUUGAGGAAUAAGAGCCAGUUAAGAACCUUGAUUCGUUUCGAACCUUUCAUGUAAAGUCAAAUUUAGCAGACAUCAAGUUAAAUCAUGUGACAGGUACUUUGACCUUGUGCACCAAAGAGGCUUACAUAACAAAACACAACAUGAUAGUUUUCCUGGCCACGUUCGCCUCAAGCUGUAGUUUAUGUAAAUAAUUAAGCACGUAACCCGAAGAACAUUUUGAGAACUUUUCCAGGCUCACAAAAAGCGGCAUAACACAAAAGAGAGAUGAAAAAAAUAACAAAAAUUAGAAGGUUCAACCUCGGCUCUAAAAUUCUACGCUCUUAAAAAAAAGUACAUUGUGUACCCAAUGGAAGAGGCAAAAGUUAGCUUCCAUACCUUUCCAUGCCUACAUGAUAGAGAUUACAUUUUCCUUGCUACGUAAUUUACUGAGACCUUACCGGCAAUAAAAACAAUUUUCCUUUUCUUUCGCUUGUACCAUAGGGUGGGACAACCAUGCAGAAAAUUGAUCAUAAGUCACGUACUGUGCAAUUGAUAGUUCACAGGAAGCUACAGGGAGAUGCCGGACGCUUGUAGUUCUAGGCGAUUUCAUCAAAUAACCAUAAACUGUACAGAUAUCAAAAAAUAAAGGCGAAAGAAAUACUUA